AUGGGCAAUGCAGUUUCUCCCUGCUUUCAGCAAAAAACAAACUCAGUUGUGAAAGUAAUAUUUUCAGAAGGCAGCACCACAAGAUUCCUCAAAGGAAACCACAUCGCUGGAGAGAUCAUGUUCGAGUUCCCUGACCAAAUGGUUUGCCACGCAGACUCUUUCUUCAUCGGCCGCCCGGUUCCUGCCUUAGCCAUCAACGACGAGCUCAUGCUUGGCCAGACCUAUUUCGUUCUUCCGAUUGAUCGUUUCGCAUGCAGCGUCCUGUCAGCCUCGACCCUCGCCGCCCUAGGCUCAUCGUCGAGGCCCAACAAGAAGGCAGCUCCUAUCAAUUUCGGGGAGUGCCCGUUUGAGUACAUAAAGGGUUCAAACGGAAAGGUCUUGAUCAAGGUGGUGCCAGAGUUCAUAGCAAGGCUAAUUGCAAGAAGUCAGAAGGAAAUUGAUGGGUCGUCUGAGGCUGAUAGUUCUGUAAGUACUACUUUUCUUUGUAGCACACCUGAGCUGCAAAAGCACUAUGAACAACUCGUUGUGUCUAAAGAGCAAUUAUGGUCGCCUAAGCUUGAAACCAUUUCUGAGUAUAGGGUUAGGUUUUCACCAUGCAAAUAUAUAGGGCUGGAGUGGAAAGAAAAAGAGCAGGAAGUCAUCUAG